AGCGCCUCUGAUAUCUGCCGAUUCUUGCUGACUUUCGCACAGGCUUGUAUUAGAUUACCACACAACCAACGAACCUUGCCCGCAACGACGCACAGCACGGAGGGAAACGAUGAGGCAGAUCCGCGGCUGCCGCAACGGCACCGCCACAACACCGUUUUGCAAAGUUGACACCCACCACUUCCCCCUCUACUCUCACCCAAUGUUCCGUGCAGCCAUACACAACUCGGAGGCCCUGCGCAGUGCCCUUGACGCGCAGGUGGCGCAGGUGGACCAGGCAGCGCUGGACGCCGCGGUGGAAAACAUGGUAGAAGAACUUCUUCAACAGCAGGCAGCCGCGAAGGAAGGAGGACCUGAGGAUGAGAACGGAAACGCGUGCCCCGUCGCGUCGGAGGAACAGCUGCUGGCACUCUUAGCCGGUGUCUCGCGAGCACCCGCGGCGUCGGCGUCAUCGCAGGCGGCGGCAUCCGCGCUGCCUACGUCAACGAACGAACAGCCCUUCGCCUCCUCCUUUCUCGUCGGAGAACCAGCGCCGCCAUCGUCGACCGCUAUCUUCGCUUCGUCUACCGGUCUGCAGCUUCGCCCCUUGCCGCCUUCUACGCGUCGCCGCCUUAUGUUCUCAUCACCGCCUCGCGGAGUCGAUGCACUGCCGACCGACAGCAGCGAUCACGUGCGAGUCGUCUCCGUCGGCACGCUCCAGCACGCCGCUGUGACGGGCACCGGGAGAGGGACGCCAACCGGCGCACCGUCCACGGCAGAGUCCCGCGGUACACCGUUCGCCUCACUCAUACCACUCGGGCACGCACCUUCCCAACGCGACGCAAAACCCGUGCUGUCCCUGUCACCCUUCGCGGUGCUCUCCCCCGCUGACUCGGCGCAGCCUCCGGCGACGUCGCCGCCGCUGUCGACGAGCAACGCCGACGCACCGACCAUCUCUUUUCACCCGUCGUCGAAACCUGCGACGGACGGCGUCAGCAGUGUGGCGGCGGCGCCGACACGCAUGCAGCGCAGGCCCGCGCGGAAGGUCAACCUUUACUCCCUCCUUCCUCUGUCCUCCGUCAGCAGCAAUGGUGAUCCCAACGGCGGAGGAGGUGGUGGUGAGAUCGCCCGUGGCAGCCGGUCGCACAGCAUCACAUUCGCUGAAAUGGACCGUCGGCCGGGCAUCGGCACCGGCCCUCUGGCGCAGCAGUCCGUGGACAGCGCCCGCCUGCACACCGUGUCGGACUCCAUCUUCUCGUCAAUGGACGUGCUGAUGGACGGCAAUAGCUGCUGCGUGCGACGGCGUCGGCGGGUGCCGGGUGCAGGCCCCCUGCGUGGUCCAUCCAGCACGACGGCAUGCUCCCUCAACAAUGCCACGCCCUGCACGCUCACCUCCUCCACGCCCCCGAUGAGUCGCACCGUGCCGCUAUCAGCGCCCAUCCCGCGGCCGCCACCACGCACCGCGGCGGAGGCGAAGACACGACGCAUUGUGGACGCACAGCGGCGUCGACAGCAGCAGCGGGCGUCUGCUAUCUUGGACGCAACUGCUGCCGCAGAAUCGGCAGGUCCGACGGUGGCUACGACGAACGCAAGCAAGCAGUCCUCCAGUGUGUCUUCCUUCCCCAGUCGUGGCCUCGCCGUGACGGCAAUAGGCAACGCAGAGGGCCGCAGCAUUUCCCUGCCACCGCUGUCCACCAUACGGGAUGUGUCCAGCAAGUCUCUCCUUGCGCACGCGGUUAGCUCGGUCCAUUGUUACAACAAGACAUUCCGGUGA